UUUGCCUAGACAGACUUUUCCCCCCUUCACUGAAACCAAACUUGUGGUCCUCAGGUAUUUCCCUUAUGUCAGGGGCUGGGUCCAUACCUCAUCAAAGGAGUGGUAUAUUCUUAUGUCUUAGCUAGGCCUCCUGACAUUCACUCUGUAACCUGUCUUCCUCUGUCCUACAACCAUGGGGUGCUUACGUUCCGGAUUUCUACUCUGUGUCUUCUUCUUGCUCUGCUUGGAAAGCAAAGCUCUGGAACAAUCAAGAACAGCAGCUGCACAUGCAGCAGGCCUGUGCCAGACACGUCCCACUGACUUGAUCUUCAUCGUCGACAGCUCCCGCAGUGUAAGACCAUCUGAAUUUGAGCAAGUCAAGAUCUUCUUGUCAAAAGUGAUUGAGACUUUGGAUGUUGGUCCCAAUGCCACACGUGUUGGAGUGGUGAACUAUGCCAGUGCUGUCAAAAAUGAGGUGUCCCUCAAGACCUACCGCAACAAAGCCACCCUUCUACGAGCAGUGGCAAAGAUUGAGCCAUUGUCCACAGGAACCAUGACAGGGCUUGCCAUCCAGUUUGCAAUGAAUGUAGCAUUCAGUGAGGCUGAGGGAGCCCGUGUUCGUUCACAAGGAGUUAGUAAGGUUGCCAUCAUUGUGACCGAUGGCCGACCGCAGGACAACGUGAAGGACGUUUCGGCGCGCGCCCGGGACGCCGGUAUCGAGCUGUAUGCCAUCGGCGUGGGGCGCGUGGACAUGAACACGCUCAAGCAGAUCGCGAGCGAGCCGCUCGAGGAGCACGUCGACUACGUGGAGAGCUACGGCUUCAUUGAAAAGCUCACCAAGAAGUUCCAGGAGGCAUUCUGUGUUUCAGACCUGUGUGCCACUGGGGACCAUGACUGUGAACAGAUCUGCAUCAGUACUCCAGGGUCUUACAAGUGUGCCUGCAAUGAUGGCUUCACUCUCCAGGAAGAUGGCAAAACAUGUAGUGCCUGCACUAGUUCCACUGAUGUGGUUUUUUUGAUUGAUGGUUCCAAGAGUGUCCGUCCUGAAAACUUUGAGCUGGUCAAGAAGUUUAUCAACCAGAUUGUGGAUAAAUUAGAUGUUGAUCACAACAAAGCGCAGGUGGGCCUGGUGCAGUACUCCAGCUCUGUGAGGCAGGAGUUCCCACUUGGACGCUUCAGCAGCAAGAAAGAUCUGAAAGAUGCAGUGAAAAAGAUGUCAUACAUGGAGAAGGGUACUAUGACUGGCCAGGCUCUGCAAUAUCUAAUCAGCAACAGCUUCAACCCCAGCCAUGGAGCCCGUCCUGGUGUGCCCAAAGUAGGCAUUGUCUUUACAGAUGGUCGUUCCCAGGAUUAUAUCGGAGAUGCAGCAAAGAAAGCCAAAGAACAUGGGUUUAAAAUGUAUGCUGUUGGUGUGGGCAAUGCUGUGGAAGAUGAACUGAAGGAGAUAGCAUCAGAGCCGGUUGCAGACCAUUAUUUUUAUACAGCAGAUUUCAAAACAAUAAAUCAGAUUGCAAAGAAGCUUCAUGUAAAAGUCUGUGAAGAAGAGAAUCCUUGUGAAUGUGAGUCUAUUGUAAAGUUCCAGAAGAAAGUAGAUGAUGCCAUACAGCAAGUAAUGAAAAAAUUAGAUGCAGUGACAAAGAGGAUUGCAGCCCUGGAAAACAAAAUUGUAUAAAGAUGCCAGUGACUUUGUCGAUGCCCAUUCACCACUCAACAUGAUGGAUCAGUGCCCUCUUUAAACUUCUUGUAACACACGAAGAUGCCAAAUGUAUUUAUGGGAUUGGGUGGCUGAUGCUGUAUGUGAUGUAUUUAAUCAGGUACCUGUUUUCCAACUGGUUUAGAGGAUUUCCAAGAAAGCCGAUUGUGACUAAAAUAAAAAUGCAAGGUAUGACAUAGUGUCUGUUACCAUAGAGAUUAAAGUCUGCCUCUGUAUGUCAUAUACCUGUGACACUGAGCAUAUGGAAAGAGUGCUAGAGAGACAGAUAAGAUUAUGCAUGUCUUAAGCAAUAAAAUAACACAUUAAGUAUGCAUUUUCCACUUUUAAAAAACUGUUGCAAUUAUGACAUGUGUACAAUAUAAGUCUAAUAUAGAACCAAAUAUAUUAUUUUUGUUAAAUUAAAAAAGUAAUUAUUUCAAGUUCAGCAUAAAUGUUUAACUUUGUACUGAUGGGCUGCUGUUCUAUAGCAUUAAACCCUUCUAUUUGUUUUGCCCUUGUCAAUAAGCUUUGUAAAAUUAGUUGUCAUCUA